GGGGCCUCAUGGCGGCGGGGAGCAGUCGCGGGGACCCCCUAGCCCUGGGACCCGGGCCCGAGCCUGAGCCUAUCCCAGCCGCGGGGCGCUGGGGCGACCAGGAGCCCACGGCGCAGAUACAAUACAAAAUUCUAACAGGACACAGCGAUAAUGUGAGCUCUUGCCAUUUUUGCUCUGAAGACACAAAAAUACUUUCAUGCUCUUACGACAGAACAGUGAAGCUCUGGGAUGUUGCGAAAGGUUUUCCUGUUCGAGUUUUUGAAGAACACACAGCCCCAAUUUCUCAGUGCAACUUGAGUCCUGAUGACAGAAGAGUGGUAACAUCAUCCUAUGAUAACACUGUCAAGGCUUGGGAUAUGGAAACAGGAAAAAUGCUUUGGACAAUAGAACAUGAAGGCAUUGUAACUUCAUGCAAUAUCUCAUGUGAUGGUAAAUAUGUGGUAUCAGGCUCAGACAAAGGUAAUGCCAUAUUUGUUUUUGAUGCAGUAAGUGCAACAGUGGUAGCACAUGUCCAAGGUCAUCACAGAAGUACGAUCACAAGAUGCUGUUUUGAUCCAGAUAACCAAAAAGUGACUUCAGUAUCAUAAGAUAAGACCAUAAAGCUAUGGGAUAUGACAACUCGAUCCACCUCAGUCACCAUUAAUGAGGGACACAGCAAUGCUAUCUCAGAUUGCUGCUUUACCUCUGAUGGUCAUUAUUUGUGCACAGCAUCCUGGGACAAAAGCUUAAAAAUAUGGGAUAUAAAGACAGGAGAAUUUCGAUGUCAUGAACCUAUUUCCUUGAACCAAGGACAUGAGGGUUCUGUUAGUUCCUGUGUUUUUAGCCAAGAUGCAUCACUUGUUGUGUCUGGCGGAUAUGACAAAACUAUAGCUAUAUGGGAAACAGAUGCAGGCUAUAAAAAGCUAAGCUUAAAGGGUCAUUGUGACUGGGUGACAGAUGUUGCAAUUAGUGAAAACAAGAAAUGGAUUCUUUCAGCCUCAAAGGAUUCUACUUUGAGAUUGUGGAAUAUUGAGAAGAUGGAUCAUAUACCUUCAGUGAUAGAAAGCAGAAAAGAAAAAGGCUCAAAAAUCACUCAGUGUGAAGAAUGCGAAAAACCCUUCUUAAGCCUGCAGUGUGGUGACUUUGAAAUGAUAUCUAAGUGUGUAUUCUGUCAUCUGUCUUCUCCAGUGACACAUAUUUUGCCAUUGCCACCUUCUAUCUCUCCUGAUUUUUAAAUUCAUCUAGCAGUCUUUGGGUGUUAACAUAUCUAAGUAUAAAUGGAAUGUCUGUACAUCUUUAUGUACUGCACAUACAAAGGUAAGGGCUUCCUCUAACCUUGCGCUACUGUGGUAUUCUGUAUGGAGAACAAUAAACUGCUGUACUAAUCCAUUUAAUAGCCGUGACUUGUCAUGUAAAGAAUGCAACUGCCCAGGAGUUGAAAUCUAUUUAUGUUGCGUGGUAGUAGAAAACAAAAUUACUUACUUGUCCUUUGGUAAAUUUUAAACAAUUGUAAAUUAAUACUAUAACUCCAAUCUCAGCUUAGUAAAGAAUACAUGUGAAUGUAUAAAUCAUGACAGGUUUCCUUCCAUUCUUUAGAUAAACUGUUCUUCUUUACUAUGGCACACACAGUUGCUUUCAGUGGACAUCAGAAAGAGUUUUGUGAGUAAAACCAUGAAGAAGACCAUACAUGCUUUUUUAACCUGUUGCCAUACUUAGAAAAACUUUGCAAAUGAACUUUCAGCCAUGAGAGUAAGUUCUAGGCUGCAUCAUAGCUGACUUGAUGCAGCGCAAGCUAGUUCUGUGCCAUCCGCCAAGGAGCAUGGUAUUUUUACUACUAUUAGGAGCGUGAGAAUGUCAAUUGCUAAAAGUUUUAGUGUUUCAGAAUGUUUGGAAGCCUUGUUCCUGAGAAUAGCAUUUUCAAACUUUUCAGCAUUUCUUUCCCAAAGGAACAGAAAUGAGAAUAGUUAGAACUGGGCAUGUGGCAGCCUGGAACACAGUUAAGCUGUGGAAUAAAAACACAUUUGAGUAGGUAGAUUAUUUUUUCUUCUUUUAAAUUAUAUGAAAUGUGUAGCAACAAUCACAGAAUCCAAGCUUAAAAGAAAAAUAAUUCUGGGAUACAUUUUGUAUAGCUUUAUGGCUUUGAAUAAACAUGAGGUGA